AUGCACGCUCCGGACCGUCAUCCUGCUGCAACAGCCAUGUCGGACAGCGAAGGCGAAGCUACACAAUCCGCCCUGUCUUCCCCAACCAACAGCAAUGGUAAUUUAACAGAUUCAAAUGUCGAGUAUGAUGGUUAUGACUCGGACGUCGACUUCCUCCCUUGGACGGAAUUUGGCUGUCCACUCUCGGAGGAGACAAGGCGGCUGAGAUAUCGGGAAGGAGUGAAUGAGCGAAUUGGGGUGGCGAUGAUCGACGAGACAUUCGUGUGCCCCUUCGAGCCUUUCUUCGCCCACUACUUCCCGCCUGUUCCUGAUUCCGUGAACCUCGACUCAGUGGUGGAGGCCCUAGCGGGAGAGGGGCUCCUCUUAAAGACCCGCGAUACGCAGUCCUACCGGUUUUUUGGGUUUGAAGAGGGGUUCGGUGUAGAGCGGGAUGACGCCGACGAGCAUCAACGGGAGGAGAGGUGGUUUGCUUUUGCUCCUUUGGCAGCCAUAGGCGAUGCCGUGCGAGCGAUCCUGAAGGACAUGGGGGCCAGGGUCAACCCGUUUCGGAUUGCGCUGUGCUCCAAGCCAUGGAUAAAAGGGGACCCCUGGCCUUGGAAAAGCAUGGCGUAUAGGGUUGACGGCUGCAUGGUCUCUGCGAGAUUGGAUUUCGAUGGGGCUAUCCCCCAGCCUGGUAGAGAGCUCUGUUCGACGGAUUUAGUCGUUCCUAUAGUGCUCAGGACAUGUCACGAUGACGCUGCUUCGAAUAACCUUCAACUUGUCGUUUCCGCUAAUCAUAUCUUCAACGAAGAUGCUCGACGAACAUUCGUUUACGGUAUCUCUGUCGAAGGCCAAUACGCGUCCGUUUGGUAUUUCUCUCGCUCCCAUUCUAUGAAAGCGAGGCGCUUCAAUUUUGUCAAGAAGCCUGAAUCGCUUAUUAAGGUCCUGGUGUCGCUUUUCUGUGCAACGGAAGAGCAAGUUGGAUUCGACCCACGCAUUACGCUCAUCGCCGGCCGUGAGCACCAAGACCGAGCGUACCUGUACGAACUGCCACCUCAUGAACCGACGGGACUCGAGCCUGAAUUCUACAUGGCGACACCCUUACUUGACGACAAUCGCCUGCCUCACCUAGCUGACUCGGCGACCCGAGUUUGGAGGGUCGUUCAGGUUGCAUCUGAAAGGGUGCUGGAUCCAGUCCCGGGUGCGAAAGAGCUCGUUCUGAAGGACGCAUGGAUCGAUAUAAAGGCUGAAACAGAGUAUGAUAUCCAACAAAAGCUUUUUCACGACAUCCAUGCUUUUGCUGCUGGCGACUGGCGCUCUCAUCCUCUUCUGGUGGACUUCCCGGACAGCAAUAAGAACGAAUUUGGCGAGGCUCUCGCCAACUUUGAAAAUUACUUCUGUGUCAUUCAGCAGCACCAUAUCGGCAGUCGAAGCAAAGGGUUCCUACCAAUGGCGCCUGGAGUAGUUGUUGAUAAGCCCGAUUGGAGGCUAUUCUUUGACGACAAGCCCGGUUCUGUAGAGAGUGGAUCAUCCUGGCCUGGGUAUGGUGAUGACGAGACCACAUCAACACUUUGUAGGCUGUUCAGAUAUCAACGACGAUGUUUUUAUAUCCUCCAAAAUGAAUGUCAACGGCUGGACGAACUUCCGUCGUUGGGUGAUGUCCUGGACGUCGCUUCCCAAACCUGGCACGGUAGGUCUCAUGCUGGUCCACUGUAA